UUAAAGGGGCUGCGGCUGCAAGGGGCGGAGUCCGAAUGCGGUUUGUUUUUCCUUUGGCCUGUUCCGGGAGAGACGGCAGAGUGAGCUUUGGGCGCGUGCGCGCGCCGUCUUUCCAUCCUAUGAGUCUGUUUUCUGAAGGUCCCACCAAAAAAGAAAGGGGGGAAAGGUAGCAGGUGAGGUGGUAGCUGGAAGACUAUGUCCACAAUGGUGUAUCCUAGAGAGGAGAAGAUGGACAAGCUGAGCCAAGAGGAGAUCAUCUCCAACACCAAGCUGGUGAUGCAGGGGUUGGAGGCCCUUAAGAACGAGCAUAACUCCAUCUUACACAGCCUGCUGGAGACCAUCAAGUGUCUGAAAAAGGACGAGGAAGCCAACCUUGUACAUGAGAAAGCCAACCUGCUGCGCAAGUCGGUGGAGAUGAUUGAGCUGGGACUGGGAGAGGCCCAGGUGAUGAUGGCUCUAUCGAACCACCUGAAUGCCGUGGAGUCUGAGAAGCAGAAACUCCGGGCCCAGGUGCGGAGGCUGUGCCAAGAGAACCAGUGGCUGCGGGAUGAGCUGGCUAACACCCAGCAGAAGCUGCAGCGGAGUGAACAAACGGUGGCACAGCUUGAGGAGGAAAAGAAGCAUCUGGAGUUCAUGAACCAGCUGAAGAAAUAUGACGAGGAUGUCUCCCCGUCGGAGGAGAAGGAAGGCGACUCAACAAAGGAUUCCCUGGAUGACUUGUUUCCAAAUGAGGAAGAGGAUCAGGGCCAAGGGUUGCCUCAACACAGCAGCGCAGUUGCAGCUGCCCAGCAAGGUGGCUAUGAGAUCCCGGCUCGCCUGCGCACCCUCCAUAACCUGGUGAUCCAGUAUGCUUCACAGGGACGCUAUGAGGUGGCCGUGCCUCUCUGCAAGCAGGCACUAGAGGACCUGGAGAAGACUUCGGGCCAUGAUCACCCUGAUGUGGCCACCAUGCUCAACAUUCUGGCCUUGGUAUAUAGGGAUCAGAACAAAUACAAGGAGGCAGCUCACCUACUGAAUGAUGCACUGUCUAUAAGGGAGAAGACGCUCGGCAAGGACCACCCUGCAGUUGCGGCAACCCUGAACAACCUGGCGGUUCUCUAUGGCAAAAGGGGGAAAUACAAAGAGGCAGAACCAUUAUGCAAGCGAGCACUGGAGAUCCGGGAAAAGGUGCUAGGCAAAGAUCAUCCAGAUGUGGCCAAACAGUUAAACAACUUGGCUCUACUAUGCCAGAAUCAGGGCAAGUACGAAGAGGUGGAAUAUUACUACCGCCGAGCGCUGGAGAUCUAUGAGUCCCGCUUGGGACCCGAUGACCCAAACGUGGCCAAAACAAAGAACAACCUGGCCUCCUGCUACCUGAAACAAGGCAAAUACAAGGAUGCAGAAGUCCUCUACAAGGAGAUCCUUACCCGUGCCCAUGUGAAGGAAUUUGGCUCUGUAGAUGAUGAACACAAGCCUAUAUGGAUGCAUGCAGAAGAAAGGGAGGAGAUGAGCAAGAGCAAGCAUAGAGAAAACACCCCCUAUGCAGAAUAUGGUGGCUGGUACAAGGCCUGCAAAGUUAGCAGCCCUACGGUGACCACUACCCUGCGGAACUUGGGUGCGCUGUACAGGCGUCAGGGCAAACUGGAGGCUGCAGAAACUUUGGAGGAGUGCGCAAUGCGGUCUAGGAGACCGGGCUUUGACCCCAUUAACCAGACUAAGGUGGUAGAGAUUCUGAAAGAGGGCGACGGCUCCGAGAGGAGGAGGAGCCGAGACAGCCUGGGGAGCAGCGUCAAAUACGAUAACACCACAGAUGGUAAUGAAGAAGUGAGUAUGGGCGUGGAAUGGAAUGGGGCUUAAAUGCCUCCUGAGACUCCUUCCCCCCCCUUCCACCACAAUCACCUGGAUGCUUGUGCCGUAUCUCCCGACUCUUUCCUCCAAACCAUCCCCCUCCUUCCGCUGUUCCUGCUCUCCUCGGCAAGGACUCCACUCCAGCUCCCCAACCUUCCAUGCCAGUGAGCACCAAGAAACAGAGCGGGACCCGCAGAGGAAUGUCUGGCUGGCUGCAUGCGGCUCUACUCCUGUAUCAACCAGCAAGAGAGUCUGAAGAAACUCCAUGGAGCUGCCUCUCCCCCCCACCCCACCCCACCCCGCCUUUGCCAGGGCAGGACUUCAGCCUCAUGGCUUCCUCCAUUCUCUUUCCUGUGUCUUAACAGGGAGCUUGAAUGAAAGGUCGCUGCUGUAUUGAAAAGUCUGUUGCUCUCCUCCCGCUUCUGUGCCCUUCUCAUCUUGGGUAUUCCACAUUCACAGCCGCCUCUCCACCUCACCCCUUGCCUUCUAAUAUUACUCGAAGAUUUUGCUGCCUCCGUCUUAGCUCUCUGUCCCUUCCUCCCCCCCACCCCGCGCCUUGCUCCUCUUUCUUCCCUUGACUGCCAGGGCAGAGGGUGAGGAGUUAGUCCGCACUGGGGUGUACAUGGUUCCUCUCCCUAGCCUCCAACUGCAGGAGGGCAGGGGAGCUGGGCUCUGUUUUCUUUCCCAUGCGUGCAAUAUCAAAAAGGCAUUUUAGGUGUGCCCACUGCUGCUACCAGUGACCAGGUUGCCCCUUGAUGUGAUGGCUUAACCUGAGGCCUGCACAAAUGGAGAGGGAAGGAGCUCUAACCCCCAUGCUCCAUUCUCUCAGUCGCCUGUUCUGUUGCUCCGUGCAGGGCAGGGCAUGUGGUCACAGAAUCACACCCUGAAGGAUCUGCCAAGGCAGAGUCCUUGACAUGAGCUGCCCCCUCUCCUUAGGGCCUUAUCCCUGAGCUGGCCUUCCAGGGCAGACGGGAGGCCGUUGAGGUGGGUAGAUGAGACUAGUGGGGGCAAUUGUAGAGGGUAACUUCUUGUGACCCAUUUAGUAUUGACCUCUCUGAUCAGGCUCCGGUCUGGGCUUGCUCUGCCUGUUACACUUCAGGAACAAAUGCCUCUCUGCUUAUGAACUGCGAAGUGUUUCCUCACCCGGUUCUUUUUUCACAAGAGGAGGAGGAACUGAAGACAAAGGUGGCUCGACUGCCGCUGUUUUGUUUGCUGCCACUCCUUUGGGGGUAUAUUUACUUCUCUUAAUUUAUUGUCAUGAAUGUAAUUUUUGUUUAUUGUGCUGUUACUUAACACUGGAGAUCGCAAGGUCCCAGCCAAAUGCCACAAAAUCAACACACGGAAAAUGUGUGUUAGCGAUAAGGUAGCAACUGUAGCUGCUGUUUAUUUAGAAGCCUGGCAAGUGAGUGGAAGAGGGUUGGAGUUGCACCUCCUUUAUCUUCCGGAUGAAAGUGCAUGCUCUUGUCUAGUGUGCAAGGGAGCAAGGAGCCGAGGCAGGCAAUCCUAGGAGGUCCCAGUUCUAAAAAUGAGAGUAGGUUGGCCCACUGCGAUGGAAGGUGUUACUCUUUGGGGACAGAAUUGAUUUGGAAUGUGGUAGUCUAAAGGAGGAGUGGGACGGAAGGGACUGUGGAAGCCAUGCCAUGGAAUGUGUGAGGACUGAGCUGAUACUUGGGCUGUAGACAGGGAGAGGGGAGGAAAGUUAUUCCUUCAGGGAUUGGGACACAGGGUGGGACUUGCAAGGUGUGGUGGAAACGUUUUCUGUGGGGUGGGGAUGUGGGGUGGGGAUGUAGUUAGGAUAUGAAUGGGAAACCUUAAUCUAAACAUAGGGGGAGAGGGAAGAUACCAAGAUGCCAUUAGAAGAAAGUUGUUACAUUUUCCGUGUAGCAGAAUAGGAAAAGGGGGUGGGGGUUUAGAAAGGCCAGGGCAUGUAUUGGGGAAGGUCUGCUAGUAUGUAGAGGGUCUAGUGACACCUGGGGGAAACUGAUUGCUCGGUUUUCUAAGCUGGGAAUCUGGUUUUUAAAUGGGAGAGUUUCCUUCAUUGCUUGCACUAGUAUCUGUAGUUGGUGUAUGGCUUCUUAGGUUUGAGGGGCAACUUGGUGCUUUGAUCCUCCUCCUGGGCAUGCAGGUGUGAGAGAAACCAUCCUUUUAUCUCUCAUACUGUGCACAUAUUCUUGUGCCUGUUUUGAUGUGGUUCAGUGUCCUUGUGAGUAUAGCUGACUUAACAACAACAAAGAAGACUAGAUAUGUUAAAUUAGAGUUAGGGAUAGGUGUUAGGUAAGGUAUAUCCCGAUUUUUGUUGAAGCUGGUACAAGAAAGCUGCUCACUGCUGGAGGCAGGAUGCCAGGUCAGGAUGCACCAUUUGGUCUGAUCCAGGAAGGAUGUUCUCAGGCCAAGCUGUGAGACAGGAUCAUCUGAAGACUCUGGGCCUUUCGUGCCUAUUGUGACCCCUCUUGGGCGGAGUCCUUUGCAGCUUUUAGCUUUGCUUGUCUGCUUCAGAAAAGGGACUGAUUAUGCAUGCCUGGGGCAGGGCACCUGCUGCCUCCCCAGAUAGGGGUGGGUAGGGAGGGGAAAGUGCAACCUAAUCAGAGGUAGCUCAGGGUAUCAUUGUUAUGAACCUGGCAGUCUGCAUGCUGUUGUGGUUCCGUCCUGCACAGGGGGAGAGGUAAGGCCUGACCCAGGAUGCUAUGAAGAAGCUUCAGGAGUAUGUCCUGAACAGCUGCUCCCAAUGCCUCCCUGUCUGCUCUCUGCCCAGCUGUCCAGAAACUUAUUUUCUAGCAGCAGGUGGGGAUGUUGAAAGUGUUCUACUCCUUGCCUCUGACACAUACUCGGUGCUUUCCUUUUAUGUUGUGAACUAAUUGACCUCCAAUUAAAGGCAGAAGGACAUGAA